GUCUCCCGAAUUCGUAACCCAAGCCUCAAAUUUCCAAACCUCCUCCAGAAAAAAAAUGGCAAGUUCCUCCUUUAUUCUGCUCUUUCUUUCCCUUGUAUACAUGGGUUGUGAGGCCGGAUCUCCUGUGGCUGCAAGCUCUCACGCCUCCAAUUUCAUCAAGUCUUCAUGUAGUACCACUAAAUACCCAGCCCUCUGCAUCCAGUCCCUGGCUGCGUUCGCCCCUUCCAUCCAGCAGAGCCCACGGCAGCUGGCUCAGACAGCCCUGUCGGUGAGCCUGGACAGGGCGAGGGCCACACAGGCAUUCGUCUCCAAGAUGAGGAAAUUCAAGGGGCUCAAGAAGAGGGAAUACGAAGCAAUCAAAGAUUGCAUUGAAGAGAUGAGUGAAGGCGUGGACAGGCUGAGCAAGUCUGUGCAAGAGCUGAAGCACAUGGGGCAGGCCAAGGGUCAAGAUUUCUUGUGGCACAUCAGCAACGUGGAGACGUGGGUUAGUGCUGCACUGACCGAUGAGAACACUUGCUUUGAUGGGUUUGCGGGGAAGGGUUUGGAUGGCAAGGUUAAGGCCUCCAUUAGACGUCGUGUCAUCAAUGUCGCUCAGGUCACCAGCAAUGCUUUGUCUUUGGUUAACCAGUUCGCAUCCAAGCAGUAAACACCCGAGUUC